UCUCAUGUGGAAUAAUAACCAGAAAAUGAUUGUCCUGUUUUAUUUACUGCUGAUGCUCAGAGUGGGGCGAUGCGCAGAGGAUCAAAUCUUUGAGACAAAGACUGUUGGUGUUGGAGCUGAUGUGAGACUAACUUGUUCCCGGAAGCUUUCGGGAAGAAUUUUUUGGAUCAGGCUUGUUUCUGGAGGCUUUCCAAAAAUUUUGGGAAAAACAUAUAGCAUUGAUAGUGAUUCUCGGAUUACAGCCACAGAAGAGCCCGGCAUAUUUGCUCUGCAUAUUAAAGAUGUAAAGCUCAGUGAUACAGCUGUUUACCUCUGCAUGAAAAUACACAAACAAAACUUCACGUUUUUGAAAGGAACAGACCUCAGAGUUGAAGAACCAGAGCCAGAAGUCACUGCCGUCCCUCCGUCUGAUCCAGCCUGUCCAGAAGACUCAGUGACGCUCCAGUGUUCAGUCCUCUCCGACUCUGAGAACAAAACACGUCCAGGAGAACACAAUGUGCACUGUUUCAGAGCCGGAUCACAUCAGUGUCACCCAAGUUUUGAUUGCACUCAAGAAAAUAGUGUUGAGGAACAUAAAAAGAACCCUGAAGCAUGUUUCUACAGCUUCUUCAAGAACGUGAGCGCCUCUGAUACUGGGACUCGUUACUGUGCUGUGGCCACAUGUGAGGAGAUAUCUUCUGGAAACAAAUCAGAACUCGACACUGAAGAAACUCAAGAAAGAAUCUUGUGGUUGUUGCAACG